GCUACGUUCCUGCAAAAUAUAGCAACGUAUCAUUAAGUUGCAAAAACGUUUGAAAAGUGGCAUAGGUCUAUAGGCUUGAUUAUUUGCAUUAACAUGAUGAAUCUAUAAAAAGCAAUACGGCACAAAAUAUUUCUGAAAACUAAUAUAACUUCACUUCAUUUGAACGUGUAGCCUACUGCGCUGCCAUUUUCAAGAACCCGCCCAGUGAACGCAGAGGAUUGUGGGUCGUUUUGGCUCGUCUAGGAUGCAGCUAUGCAUCCUUGAAAAAUCUCGGAAUUCUCAAAAACAAAGGACGCAAAAAUGGCGCGGCUUUCGAGUGUCCUCAACAUUGGAACAGUGCUUGUCGGCAUUCUAUGACGUAGCGUCCUUAAAAGGGCGGCCGUUGAGCAUGCUUCCUUGACAUUGGGAAACAGCCAGGCCUCUUACCUUCGACCUUCCGCAUCAGAGACUGUUUUGUUGCACUGAGGAAGCUGACAUUUGUGUCAAUUUUUGUGUCCAACUGAACCAAGAAGUUUCUUAAAAAACCUGUUCCUUGUGGUUUCAUGUCCUGAAGCACACCCUAAAUAAGUGAUUGCAAAUAUUUGUGUUAAGUUGAUUAUCUGGUUCAUGCUCUGCUUGUGGUAUGCAAUGAUAAAUACAUGAAUCAUUAAUCACAGAUACAGUUUGGAAUCCGUUGUAAUUAUGUGUACAAUCUUGGUUUAUCUGUACCAAUAUGCAAGCAGCUGAUCUCUUCUACUGAACAGUUACCUCAAUCUAACAAAAAUAUUAAUUCCCAGGCCUCUGCCACUAUAGAGUGGCGAAUCAGCUGGAUUCCAUCUCACCAGGCGUGACGUUAUGAUAGACGCUGAUAGACUCCCAGAUGCAUCGGUUUACAAUUAAGUUUGGUAAUAAAGUAUGAGUUCAUCAAUCACUAUGUUACUGCUGACCAAUACAACAGGAGUGUACUGGGUUUGGUUUUAACAGGUUUAUGGACACCAGAAGUAGGCUACAUCCCAUCCUAAACGGUGCUAUUUAUUUAAUUGGCCAAACGGUAACGUCAUGUUUGGGUUACCAGACACGUGUUGUUACCAGACUUCGUGUUUACAGAUUAUGGGUGAGGUUUCUCGUCACAUUGCAUUUUUGUAUCGACUCUGGGGCAGUUGUGAAUGGCGUACAGAUGCUACACAAUAUUAUUUCUGGGUGGAGACUACAGAGGGCCUGGGAGAGAUAAAGAGGGCUCCACCCUAAUCUGGGUUUGCCAGCCGGGAGUUUAAGAUAAAUCAGACAUUACCACUGAGCGCGGGAUUCUGGUCGUCGGAAGUUAUUUUGUGAAAAUGAAAAACAAGACGAGUGGCCAUUGAUAUGGCCUCUAAACUCCUCCCGGUCUCCGGAAGUUUGCGUGAUCAUUGAAUGCCCACCUCGGACCUCGCUGGAUCAUCGGGACCCGGUGCGCCCGGUCUGUUCUCCAGGUAAGCUGCCCCUGUUGCUUUUCUCUUAUUAGGUACUUCGGUAUAGGUUUGGAUUAUAGACUGCAUAAAAAAUGUUUUUAAAUAAAAACAAAGCAAGGUCGGAUACAUUGAACAUAAACUGAAUCCACGCAAUUAUGCUCCUGGAUGUGUCUACAGCCAGACCCGGGCGCGGGGUCCUCUUCCUUCAUACUACGCUCUGGAGGCAGGUGCGCUCCGCUGCUGCCAGUGGGCUGUGGGUGGGUCUGCCUAAAUGAGGCUGGACUGGCCGUCUGGCCCAAAGACAAAGCACAAUGGCCGUCGGUCACCGGAGAAGCAGGGUUCUCAGUGGCACAAUGAUGCUCAUCUUCAUCGGUUUGCUGGUGGUUGUGGCGAGGAUGAUGGGCCAGCACAAGCAAAGCAUCCACAAACUGAACGUACCGUUAAGGUUUUGGCGUUGGUGGACAUGGAGUGAAUCCUUCUGGAACAGGGAGCAGCAGCACCUUGAUCUCCUCUACAACCCCAUCCUGAACGUGGCGCCCACCAGGGAUGACUCCCUGGUGGCCCGGACGCCCUGGUGGCUUAAUAACCCCCAGGCCCUCAAACCCUGUGAGCCAGACCACCGGGUCCCCCGACAAGUAGGGGACUACAACACCCUGCCCCAGCGUUUCCAGGACUUCCUUUUGUACAUGCGCUGCAGAGCCUACCCCAUUCUCAUCAAUCAACCACACCUCUGUGACGACAGACCCUUCCUCCUCUUGGCCAUCAAGUCGCUAGCACCUCACUUUGACCGCCGGCAGGCCAUCCGGCAGUCCUGGGGACGGGCGGGUAACGUGGCCAAUCGGACGGUGGUGACCGUGUUCCUCCUUGGCACCGCCUCCUCGGUGGACCACUUCCCUGAUCUAUCGGGGAUGCUGAGCCACGAGGCGGAGCGGAACAGAGAUCUACUCCAAUGGGAUUACAGGGACUCCUUCUUCAACCUCACACUCAAAGAAACUCACUUCCUGGAGUGGUUCAGUCAACACUGUUCCAACGCCCCCUACAUCCUGAAGGGGGAUGACGACGUCUUCAUCAACACCCGGCAAAUCAUCCAAUACCUGGAACAUCUGCCAGAGGGGAUGACAAAAGACCUCUUUGUUGGUGACGUCAUCCAGAACGCCAGCCCCCACCGGGAUCACAGGCUCAAGUACUUCAUCCCCGAGAGUGUGUUUGUGGGCGACUACCCCCCCUACGCAGGCGGAGGAGGGUAUCUCUACUCAGGGCCUUUGGCACUGCGUCUUUACAAAGUCUCCCAGCAGGUGGCGCUCUUCCCGAUCGACGAUGUUUUUACUGGGAUGUGUUUGAAGAAGAUGGGACUGGUGCCAGAGAAACACAAGGGCUUCCAAACCUUUGAUGUGGACAAGAAGUACCGGGAGAACCCGUGUGUGUACAAGAACCUGAUCCUGGUUCACAGUCGGACCCCACAGGAGAUGAUCAAGAUCUGGUCCUGGCUCGCUGACCCCAGACUAGACUGCCAGAACUCCACGAGGUGAACGAGGCCACCGGAUAACAACCGUCCAUUCUAACAUAGUCGUCCAAACCUGCAGGUUCAAAGUGGAAGAAGAGAUGGAUUGUAGAGAAAGGCCUUAACGUGUUCAGGGGUGCUAAUUCCUUGGACAAUAAUGAUGAAAGAAAAUAUUGGAAUCAUUUUAUUUGUAACCAAACCUUUACGACUGUGUUACGUUAUUAUCUGUCACUUUUAUGGAAAUAUUUGCAGAUUUCUGACCUAGGCUGAAGAAGCUAUGGAAUUAGUUAGACAAUGACAUUACACAUUUUAAAGUGCCAGCACCAAACCAGACCUACAAAUAGGAGGAAUGUCUGCAUGCAUUAUCACUAAAUGGAGAAUGGGUCAAAGGGAAAGUCGCAGUGGAUUACUGGAUUUACUAAGAAACAGAACAGUUGAUCAACUUUCAAACCUGAACCAUGUUUCCCGAAACAAAGAAGAAUUAGUUACUAGUAACACGGUAUCUUCCUCUUAAAUUUUUUCUGCGUAAACGCAUCUUAAAUAUACUUCUCUAAUGAAUUGUAAACGAUUAAAUGUACAGCAUGAGAGAGCCAGGGUAUCUGUUCAACAGUGCUCUGACAUCAUAUUAAAUAUGUCAAUGGCGAUUAUAGAUGUAUUGUAGAUAUCAAAAUUACUUGAUUCGGAUACAUUGUCAAUGUCAUUAGUAUGAUUUAUUGAGUUAAUUUGAUUGAAUGUCUAUGAGUUUUUAUAUCAAUAAGAGCUUCAUUCAUCAUUAGGUAUAGUAAUAAAGGGAUUCAAGUUUAUUCAAAUUUCACUUGUGUGUGUGUGUGUGUGUGUGUGUGUGUGUGUGUGUGUGUGUGUGUGUGUGUGUGUGUGUGUGUGUGUGUGUGUGUGUGUGUGUGUGUGUGUGUGUGUGUGUGUGUCUGCAUGUGUGUGUGUGUGUGUGUCAGAGGUGUCAAAAGUAAUCACAUUCAUUACUCAAGUAGAAACAUAGAUACUAGCAUUUAAAAAUACUUCUGUAGAAGUUGUAGUAUCAACUCAAGCUUUUUACUUAAGUAAAAGUAUAAAAGUACCGGUUUCAAAACUACUUAAAGUAUUGAAGUAAAAGUAAUGCAAGGGGGGAAAAUGGACAAGGACAAAAGCUUAGGCCGUGCCACAGGGGCCUAUAGAAUUACAAUCAGCUUUUUUGCCAAGUAUGCUUCCACCUACAAGGAAUUUUUGGAAUCAAGGAAUUCUGCAUUUAUCCCAUCCGUGAAUUAGUGACACACACACAGCACACCUCUAUAGCACACUGCCCCACUUCCCCCAAAACAACAUUUUUCUAAAGGCCAUCUAAUGACUAUAAUGUUAAUGUUGAAAAAAUUGGGAUCCACCUGUUUCAGACACAUUUAUGCCCAUUGAAAAUAGACGCAUAUUAGUACAAUGCAUAUGUGUACUACUGAGCAUUAACAUGUGUUUCAUGGAGUGGACGAUAUGAUGACUUGUUCCCUGUAAGCAUUGGAAGGGUGCAAAAAGUCAAACUUCAGAGGCAUGUUAUCAAAAGCCUUUAUUGGGAAUGUAAAUGUAUGUAUCCAAGCUUAGCUGCAGGAAUUUAAGAUGUAACGAGUAAGAACUGAGUUGUUUUUGCAUCCAACCAUUUAAAAAAAUUCUUCCAGGUACGUCCAGGGAUGUAGAAGGGUUGGCUGGUCUUCUUGGCUACCAACCUCCUCACUGGUGCUUGGUUGGGACAUUUCGCUCAUCUACGUCUGCUAUUUCGUAGCUGGAAUGUGGCGUGAUUUAUGUCAUGUCAGAGAAUGUAGACGGGCUCUGGUCAUGCGCAGGUGCCAAGGAUCGCAUAUAAACCAAUAGGGUGUCAGAAUGGUUUAUGUUUCUAUUCUCAUCCAACCAAUCAAAUCACUCUAUCCGAUGGCGCGAAUUAUCUGGAUAGGUUUUUUUAUUUUAUUUUUUCUGCGGAAUAAAAACAAGACGAAAUUAAAUAGGAGUAACGAAAAAGUAAGGAGUAGAAACUACAGAUAAGUGCGUGAAAAUGUAAUAAGUAGAAGUAAAAAGUAGGCUGAAAAAUAAUUACUCCAGUAAAGUAUAGAUACCCAAAAUUUCUACUUAAGUGAGGUAACUAAGUAUUUGUACUUAGUUACUUGACACCUCUGGUGUGUGUGUGUGUGUGUGUGUGUGUGUGUGUGUGUGUGUGUGUGUGUGUGUGUGUGUGUGUGUGUGUGUGUGUGUGUCCGUGCGUGCGUGCGUGCGUGCGUGCGUGCGUGCGUGCGUGCGUGCGUGCGUGCGUGUGUGUGGGAGGG